AGAACCACAUCUCCCAGCGUGCACCGCGGCUCCGCUCGUCGCUCGCCGUGGAACAAACGUUUGUUCGCGGCAGUUUUCUGACGGUCACGCGCUGCUUUGUCCUCCAUUGUCUCGUGGCGCGUUUCCUCGUUUUCCCGCAGCACAGGGACACGUGACAGGUGUUAUGAACAACUAUGAGGUCAUGGGUCAGAUUGGAGAGGGUGCGUUUGGUAAAGUGUUCCUGGUCAGAGAGAAGGGUAGAGACAGACAGAGUGUGGUCAAACAGAUCGACCUCAGGAAGAUGUCAGUGAAGGACAGACAGUCGUCUCAUAAAGAAGUGUCUCUCCUGUCAAAGAUGAAACAUCCCAACAUCGUCUCCUUCAUCACUUCAUUUCAAGAGAGUGGCAGUCUGUUCAUAGUGAUGGAGUUCUGUGAUGGAGGAGAUCUGAUGAAGAGGAUCAACAUGCAGGGAGGACUCUUCCUGGCCCCACUGGGGAAUCUUGAGCUGUUCAGAUCUGUCCUGGGCCUCAAACACAUCCAUGACAGGAUUCUGCACAGGAACAUCAAAGCUCAGAACAUCUUCCUCACCAGUGGAGGAAUUAAAGCCAAACUGGGAGACUUUGGAAUCGCGAGAAUGUUGAAUAAUACCAUGGAGAUGGCCAGGACCUGUGUGGGGACACCAUGCUACACUUCACCAAGUCUGUGAAACCAACGUUACAACAACAAGGCGGAUAUCUGGUCUCUGGGUUGUGUCCUCUAUGAGCUCUGCACCCUGAAACAUCCAUUUGAGGGCAGCAGUCUGCGGCAGGUGGUCAGUAAAAUCUGCAGGGGGCGCUACAACCCAGUACCCAGCUGUUACUCGUCUGAGCUCCGCCUCCUGAUCACUCAACUGUUCAAGGUGAAUCCUCGUCAACGUCCAUCUGUCUCUUCUGUCCUCAAACGUCCUUUUCUGGAGACACUCAGCAAACACCUGCACCCACAGGUACACACAACUACACACAAGUACACGAUCACGGUGUCACUCUCUGGUCCAGAGAUGAUCCACAGAUCCAGAGGAGGAGGAGCCGUGAAGAGACAGAGCGCCAAACCGGUGUGGAGGGCCCCGUCCACAAUCAACGGACCCGCCCACCACAGACCUCUUCAUCUCAGAGCAGCAGACAGAGAGGUCAGAGGUCAACACAACCACAGGGGUCAGUACCAGCACUAUCACGCUCAGCUGGACGCUCUUCAUCUUCAUCAUCAUCAUCGUCGCCCACGUCCUCAGGAGGAAGUCGAGCGGCGUGAAGAUCAGGCUCCGCCUCCUCCUGUGGAGCCAUACCAGCUUGUUGCUGCAGCUCGUCAUGAAUAUCUACAGAGAAAAUAUGAAGCUAAAGAAUAUAAACUGAGAGCAGAGAAACAACUGGGUCUGCGUCCAUGCACAGCUGAGAGUCACAGACCUGGAGGUCAGGAACUGGACAAGGGACGACCUGAGGAUAGGAGACAGGAGGGACAGCAGGAGUACCUGCGUCAGCUGGAUGUCAUUAGACAUCAGUAUCAUCAAGAGAUGAGACAUAGGAGACUGAGAGCAGAGACUGAACCAGAACACAAACAUGAGGCGUUUGUGGGACAAAGCCAGCGCCGCGUGUUCAACAGAGGCGGCGCAGCUGCAGCCACAGGGCGUGGCGCUCUGCAGCUGAUCAGAGAGAACAAACACAAGGUGAGAUCAGUGCUGCCCCUGUCUGUCACAUCAGGACACACACAGGAAGUGUGCUGUGAGUCACAUGACCGCCAGAGUUACAGUGGGACUGUCUUUCUGCAGAAGGGAAUCAUGUUUGAGAUCCGCUUAGAAGACCACAAGACGAGAGACAGAGUGUUCUCAGUUCGCAGACUCUGGACUCAAGGUCGUCCAAACACUCUGCUCAACGCUCUCGCUCACGCUCAGCUCACCUCCUCUACUCUGCACUCACCGACUGCAGUCCCAGAUCCACAUCCAGAGGAGGACUGUGACAUGGAGACGGCUGAAGAGAGUCCAGAGCUGAAAUCAGACGACGAGGACACGAACUUCGAGGAUUCGGACGACGAGCUCAGGGACGCGGUGGCUGACUCCAUGAAGAACCUGUUCAUCAUGGACGAGGACACACGGGAGACGGCAGAGGUGCAUGAUGGGAAGUGGGAGGACGGAGGCGGGGACACGAGCGCAGUGGAGAUUCAGCAAGUCCAACCGCAACUGAAGAGUCCACGUGAGGACGACCAAGGACAGAGCGAGGACACACCGAAUGUCUCCGGACAUGACCUCUGACCUCUGACUGUGGGAUUAGAGUUCACUGUUUGAGUUUGUGAUGAAAAGUUAACGACGAUUACAUUAUAGUUUUAUAGGUUUUAUAUUUGUAUUCCAAAUGCAUUCUGGGAUACAUGGCUUGAUGGAUGGAUAUUGAGAAACGGCCUACGUCUCUCAUCCCAGACAGGAAGUUCAAAUCAAACUCGUAACUGUACGAUCGAAAAAAAACCAUCUGAUUUCAGGACAAAUGUUUGCAACAAGCUGCAACAAUCUUCUUUCUAAGGCCUCAGGCGGGCCACAGACGGGCCACAGACGGGC